GCAUUUACGUCCCCAAACUCCUUUCUUUAUUCUCCCAAGCAGUAGCCUUGAACCCCAUAAAAACCUUUCCUCAAGUAAACUUCAGAUACCCUUUUGUUAUUUAUUCUCAUUCCAAAGAUACAUACAUAGAAAAGCUCUUUCCUUUACUCUGUUCAUUCCAAAAGCUCUUAUUUAUUUUCCUGUUUACCUUGUGUUAUUAAGCCAAAUGUUCAAGAAAAUGGUGCAGUACCAAAGAUAUCAGCAGUGGAAGAAAGGAGAUGAGGUGGUUGUUUGUUUAGAUGAGAAGUCACAGUACCCCUUUGGUCUAGUUUGUGAAAAUAUUGGUCACAGCAAAAGAUCAAGACCCAAGCUUUUGUUUCUUCUUUUGCUGUCUCUCGUCUCUUUCAGCUUUAUUUUAGCUCCUUAUUUCUUCACAUCUGCCCCUACUUUUUCUCUUUUAUAUUCAUUUGGUUUUGAAGAUGAAAGGCUUAUUUCUACAUCAGCUGUAUAUGCUUCAGUUUGUUCUUCUGUCUCUAAUGGGUCAAUCUGCUGUGAUAGAAGUAGCAUCCGGUCAGAUAUCUGUGUAAUGAAAGGGGAUGUAAGAACAAAUUCUGCUUCCUCCACAAUUACCCUCUACAGAGACAAUGAUUAUGGCAGCCAAGUAUUUGGGGCAUCUGGUGAAAAUGACGACAUAUUCCAACACGAAAAGAUUAAGCCGUAUACUCGGAAAUGGGAAAAAAGUGUAAUGGACACAAUCGAUGAAUUAGACCUUGUUUUGAAGGGAGAGAAUAAUGCCAUUCAUCAGAAGUGUGAUGUCCAACAUGAUGUACCUGCUGUGUUCUUCUCCACCGGAGGUUACACGGGUAAUCUUUACCACGAAUUCAAUGAUGGAAUUUUGCCUCUUUACAUCACUUCUCAGCAUUUCAACAAGAAAGUUGUAUUUGUAAUCCUUGAGUAUCAUGAUUGGUGGAUUUCAAAGUACGAGAACAUACUGCCUCACCUCACUGAGUAUCCUAUUAUCGACUUUAGCGGAGAUAAUAGGACUCAUUGUUUCCCUGAAGCCAUAGUUGGUUUAAAAAUACAUGAUGAGCUAACUAUCGAUCCUUCAUUGAUGGGAGGCAAUGGGACUAUUAGAGAUUUCCGAGACAUGCUAGACCGAGCUUAUUUGCCUCGAAUUAGAGGGUUGAUCCAAGAGGAGGAACAAGAUAGACUUGCUUUGUCACCGUCAACUAAGACAAAGAUAGAGAUGACUGAAGAAAAGCAGGAGUUGAAGAAACCUAAAGUUGUCAUAAUAGCCAGAAAUGAUUCAAGAGCAAUACUCAAUGAAGAUUCAUUAGUUAAAAUGGCACAAGAUAUUGGGUUCCAAGUGGAAGUUUUGAGGCCUCAGCGAACGACUGAGCUUGCAAGGAUCUAUCGAACUCUUAAUUCCAGCGAUGUUAUGAUUGGAGUUCAUGGUGCUGCUAUGACUCAUUUCCUCUUCAUGCGGCCUGAAUCCGUUUUUAUCCAAAUCGUUCCACUGGGAACAGAUUGGGCCGCAGACACUUACUAUGGACAACCAGCAGUGAAAUUAGGUCUCAAGUACAUUGGCUACAAAAUCCUUCCACAAGAGAGCUCUUUGUACAAUGAGUACGAGAAAACUGAUCCUGUUCUAACGGACCCGGACAGUGUGAACAACAGAGGAUGGGAAUUCACGAAAAAGAUCUACCUUGAUCGUCAAAAUGUGAGGCUGAACCUUCGGAGGUUCCAUAAAAGGUUGCUUCGUGCCUAUUAUUAUUCUGUUGCAAAGAAGAAUGGACGUCAUCAUUAUCAAAAUCAGUAAUUCUUUUCCAUCUAUGUGGUUACUGGACGUGAUUAAUCUCAGUAGUCGUAGUUCUUAGAGCUGUACAUCAAUAUUCACAUGAAAAAAAGAAAAGGAAUUUUUUUGUAAAGAUUACUAGCAACUGUGUUUGUAAAUCAAGUAGGACAAAAAUAUUUGAUCUUUGGUAUAUACUACAUUCACUUUAAAGAAAA